ACAAAAUCAAGACGCAAACUUAUAAAAUAAUUUAACGUGACCAAAUUGAAAAUAGAAAGUGUCGAAACGUGAAACUUUCUAGUUCCCAACAGUAAAUUUGCUGAAGGAACUAUUAUAUAAAGACCCAUAUAAUAUCUCACAUGACUAGCAACAUUUCAAGUUGCAGAGACCAUAACACUAGGAAGCUACUACUCACCAGAGAAAAAAAAGAAAAAGGAAAAAAAAAGGAAGAACACCAUGGAUUCUGUUCUACAAGCUCUGCAACCAUUGCCAAUGAGCCUUAUGUUAAUUAUUCCUUCACUGUUCCUAUUAGGUCUAAUCUCUCGGCUUCGCAGGAGAUUACCGUAUCCUCCAGGGCCAAAAGGGUUGCCAAUAAUAGGCAACAUGAUGUUGAUGGAUCAUUUAACUCACCGUGGUUUAGCUAAAUUAGCUAAAGAGUAUGGCGGGCUUUUCCAUCUCCGGAUGGGGAAUAUACAUAUGAUGGCUGUUUCAUCUCCAGAGGUAGCUCGUCAAGUUCUUCAAGCUCAAGACAACAUUUUCUCAAAUCGUCCAGCCACCAUAGCUAUCAGCUAUCUCACUUAUGAUCGUGCUGAUAUGGCUUUUGCUCAUUACGGACCCUUUUGGCGGCAGAUGCGUAAGCUUUGUGUCAUGAAGCUUUUUAGCCGUAAAAGGGCUGAAUCAUGGGUGUCUGUUAGAGAUGAAGUUGAUUCCAUGGUUAAAGCUACUGCUGCUAGUAAAGGGAAAGCACUUAAUGUUGGAGAGUUGAUUUUUACGUUAACUAUGAAUAUCAUUUACAGAGCUGCUUUCGGCUCUAAAAAUGAAGGACAAGAUGAGUUCAUUCGGAUUUUACAGGAGUUCUCGAAGCUCUUUGGUGCUUUCAAUAUUGCUGAUUUCAUUCCUUGGCUUGGUUGGAUUGAUCCACAAGGACUAAAUUCCAGACUUGUUAAGGCUCGUAAUUCACUUGAUAGAUUCAUCGACAUGAUUAUUGAUGACCAUAUACAUAAACGAAAGCAAGGACAUGUCCCUGAUGAUGAUCACACCGAUAUGGUUGAUGAUUUGCUUGCUUUCUAUAGCGAAGAGGCUAAAGUAGCCGAAUGCGAAGAUCUUCAGAACUCCAUCAAACUCACUCGAGAUAAUAUUAAGGCUAUCAUCAUGGAUGUGAUGUUUGGUGGGACCGAAACCGUGGCGUCUGCAAUAGAGUGGGCCUUAGCAGAGCUGAUGAAGUGUCCUGAAGAACUGAAGAAGGUCCAGAAAGAACUUGCAGAGGUAGUGGGUCUGGAGAGGAGGGUGGAGGAGAGUGAUCUUGACAAGCUGACAUAUCUAAAAUGCAUGCUCAAAGAAACUCUGAGACUUCACCCGCCAAUCCCACUUCUGUUGCAUGAAACAUCCGAGAGUUCAGAGGUCGCCGGGUAUUACAUUCCGGCGAAGUCUCGGGUCAUGAUCAAUGUAUGGGCUAUAGGAAGGGACAAGAACUCAUGGGAAGACCCUGAUGCUUUUAAGCCGUCAAGGUUCUUGAAACAAGGGGUGCCGGACUUCAAAGGGAAUAACUUUGAGUUCAUUCCGUUCGGGUCGGGUCGGAGAUCUUGCCCUGGUAUGCAACUCGGACUCUAUGCUCUUGAUUUGGCUGUGGCUAAUCUCCUUCAUUGUUUUACUUGGGAGUUGCCUGAUGGCAUGAAACCUAGUGAACUUGAUAUGAAUGAUGUGUUCGGACUCACUGCUCCACGGGCGACCCGACUUGUUGCUGUACCCAACCCACGCUUACUGUGUUCUCUCUGAAAAAAGUUUAGGUGACAACACAAAAUUGAAACUUGGGUUCUUCAAGUUUUUAGGGCAAUGAUGAGGAGGUAACAGGGGAAUUUGCAUGGAAUUUUUUUUUCUGUUUAUAUGAAUAUAAUAAAUACUAUAAUAUAAAUAUAUAAAAAUAUUGAGGAAAAAGAAAGGAGAAUAAUAAGUGAAGAGGCAGAAAAGAAAACAUGGGAGAAUUUGGGUUUCUCAUUCUCUGUUCAUAAGACUUUUUUUUUUUUUUUUUACUUUCUUUUCUUGAUGAUUUUUAAGUGAAAUUUGUCUUUUUCUUCCCUUUCUUUCUUUUCUUGUUGUUUAUUUUAUUUUAUUUUAUUUUUCUUUUUUAUGAUACUCAAAUAAAAGUUUGUAUAAGAAAUUCAAUGUCAAUCAAGCAAAGCAAAACAUUAACUGAA